CGGCAUGAAAUAUUCGAUCGGAUGAUUACAGUUGCCGAGGCAUUGAUGACUAAAAACAAUAAAAACCAGGAUAUGUGAUACUAUUUGGGAUCAGAUGCGACUAGAUGAUGAAAACGUGAUUAAAGAAUACCAUAGGACAUUCUGAGCGUAAAGCAAAGAAAUAUACAAAAUGGCAGCUAUUGAUGGAUCUCCGAUAUCAGAUUUUUACGUGGGUCGGAGUAUAUUUAUAACUGGUGGUACUGGAUUUAUGGGCAAAGUUCUUAUAGAGAAACUGAUACGAUCAUGUCCAGGCGUGAAGACUAUAUAUGUACUGAUCAGACCCCGCAAAGGCCAAGAUGCCCAACAAAGGCUGGACAAUCUGCUUAAAACUAAAUUAUUCGAUGCAGUCAGAAAGACAAACCCAGACUUUCACUCGCACUUGUUGCCAAUAGAUGGAGAUAUGUUAGAGGAAAACCUGGGUAUCAGCGAUCAUGACGUACAUAUUCUCCAGAACGAGGUUUCUAUUGUGUUUCAUUCGGCAGCUACAGUAAAGUUCGAUGAACAAUUAAAGUUGUCUGUUCAGAUGAAUGUGUUAGGUGUACAGAAAAUAAUUGAAUUAUGUCAAAAGUUGACAAAAUUAGAGGCACUUGUACAUGUGUCAACGGCAUAUGCAAACUGUGACAGACAACACAUAGCAGAGCUUGUCUACCCACCCCCAUUGCAGCCUCAGAAAAUACUAGAUGCCAUGGACUGGAUGGAUGAUGAGGUAGUGACGACACUAACACCAAAGCUGAUAGGAAACAGGCCCAACACAUACACCUACACGAAAGCUAUGGCUGAGUACCUGCUUGUAGAGACAUGUGGGGAACUACCUGUGGCCAUCAUAAGGCCCUCAAUAGUGGGAUGCUCAUUCCAAGAACCCAUGCCUGGAUGGGUGGAUAACUUCAAUGGACCAGCAGGGAUCAUUGCUGCUAUUGGAAAGGGAGUCCUCCGUUCAAUGCUGGGUGAUCAUGACAAGACAGCCGACUUAAUCCCUGUAGAUAUGGCAGUCAAUUGUAUGAUAGCAGUCGCUUGGCAACGGGCAACAACAAACCCUAGCAAUGUUCCAGUGUAUAACUGCACCACUGGUCAAAUAAACAGAAUGACCUGGGGAACCAUGGAACGUCUUUCCUUUAAUAGCCUUAUGAAUAAUCCACUAGAUGGAAUUGUUAGAGUGCCAAACCCAAGAUUCACUAAAAGCUGGUUAAAACGUGACUUCUGUCUGUUCUUCGACCACUACUUACCUGCACUUCUCCUAGAUAGCUGGCUCUUCAUCUCAGGCAGAAAACCAGUAUUCCGUAAAGUAAAUGACAAGAUUAUCAAAGCAUCGGCAAGUCUUGAGUUCUUCACAACCAAUGAGUGGGAGUUUUGUAACGACAACAUCUGUGCUCUUCAAGCGAAACUUUCAAAAACAGACAGAACAACUUUUAGCUUCGAUGUGAAGAGAAUCAAUUGGCCCCUGUAUAUGGAGAAUUAUUGUUUGGGGGUGAAAAAAUUUGCCUUGAAAGAACAGUUAUCCAACCUGCCUGCUGCUAGAAAGGCACUCAACAGGUUAAAGAAGUUAACAAUGGCAUUUAACUUUAUAAUAGCAAUCCUGAUAUGGAGGUUUGGGCUCACCAGAUUGACUGUAGUUCGCAACUUGUGGCAAUUCUUACUUAAGCUAGCCACUAGUUUUCUAACCAGGAUCCCAGGAUUUGCCAAAUCUAGUUGAAGGAUCACGUCCAUGUUUCCGAAGCAAUGCAGUAGAAACCUGAUACAGGGUGGCCCAUCAUUCUGUAAAGUGACCCAUCAGCUUUAUUAUAAUGUAAAGUUGCUAGGGAUAAUUGAGCAAUAUUAAGGAUCACCCUGUAGUUUAUAGAAACAAUCUUUUGUGUUAUAAGAUGCAAUGUUCAGUGUCAGUUUUAUGUCGGUAGUAUAUGAUCAAGGAAGGUUGGCUCAUAGAAUGCAAUCUCGAUAUUUUCUAACAAUGGAUCCGAUCUUGAAGGGUGUCGUGAUGUUCACUUCAAAUUUUAAAUUGCGAGUUUUGGUUUUAUUAACAAAAAAUGCAAAACACACAAGCAGUGAUGAUCGAGAUAUUAGCCUAGCUCGAAACGUUUGGAUUAUUGAUUAUGAAUUCAUAACCAGUUU